AUGCUGGACGACGUCAAACGUGAACCCGGUGAGUCUUCUCCGAUCCCAGAACAUCCCACCACCUCAACAGCUCCGAGUCUGAACCUGAGCUCUGUGCUGGGACCAGCUCUGGGUCUGGGGUCGGGUAAAACUCAAACAGUGUUUAUCCACAAAUUGUACGACAUGCUACACGAUCCCACUAUUCUGCAUCUUAUUUGGUGGCUGCCCACAAAUGACAGUUUCUAUCUAUUACCAGGAGAGGAUUUUCUGAAGGUGCUAGCGCAAUAUUUUAAGCACACCAACAUCGCCUCAUUCAUUCGCCAACUUAACAUGUAUGGUUUCCAUAAAGUCAAUGAUACCUUUCAGAGUGACUCAAACUCUCUGGAUAAAGAUCUGGUUGCUACUAAAUGGGAGUUUCGCCACUCGACAAAUCAGUUUCGCAAAGGUGAUAUUGAGCUGUUAAAAUUGAUCAAACGGAGGCUGCUGAAGAAUGUAAACUCUCACAAGGAGAUUGUUAAUUUACUGCUGAUCCCUCCCACCCUGGCACCACUCGAAUACUUUCCGCCUAUGGGCCCCACCCCAAUGGUGGUUCAUCAAAUGGUACCAGCUCCUCUGGGCGUAUUGCCUCAACCACCACCUCAACAAGGCCCACCAGCACCGUGUUAUUCUCUGCCUCCAGAUAUUCUGCGUCGCCAAUCCCAAGAACAGCAACCUCAUUUGACGCCGCACUUACCACACCGUAAUCUGGCGACAACUGCGAUGCCGGGCAGCCCCCAACUGCCUAGCCAAGCCCAGGGUACUAAUGUUGUCCCUACACCUGCGAGCUCUGUUCAAAGUCAACCAUCUCAGCGUCCCUCACUUACACAGCAAAAUUCCUUUGAGCGCUCACUAAAUAUCCGGUUUAUUGAAGUCAACAAUCAGGUGGGAGUACUUCGCAAUGAAUUGGCAGUGGCUAACCAGCGCAACGAGCUCUUGGGUAUUGAACUUCGGCGAGUACACCUGGAUACAUUGAAAAUUUUGGAUUUGAUGGAAAGGUACCUUAAUCCGAUGGCCCUGUCACAAGGACUUAGUUCAACGACUAGUCAAGCGAAUACUGCUUCCUCCAAUAAUCAAGCAAAUACUGCUUCAGUGCCGGAUCGUCUCAACAACAGAACACCGGUAAAUAAGAUCACACCCUUACAAGAACCCGAGGAAAGUCCAAUGCUGAAGCCUAAGGUUGGAUCUACCGCCGCUGCUUUUGAGCAGGAAGUCCGUGGUUUACGCAUGACAGUACUCCAAAGAUUAGAAACUACCCAAUUUGGAUCAUCAACUCCACCGCCCCAGUCGCUGAAUUAUCACCUUAACAACAUGCUGCGCCAACCAUCACUGUCACUGGUUAAUAUCGUCCCUCAAAACUAUCCUCUCAAUCCGAACUACGCUUUGUAUCAGAAGAAACUCCAGCCUGAGCCACUGACGCUGCGCCAUCGCCUGGUGUUUAUGGAUCCCCUUCAGCCUAUUCCGCUGCGCAAAAACUCCACAAUAUUGAUUGAUGGAGACCAUGGGGUUAAUGCAACGACGUCUACACCAUCUGCACUCACGCAACCACCACCAGCAGUUGGCCAAUUACGUGCAGAGCUGAAGCUGUAUCUGCCACUUCUGCUAGCCAAUGUUCAACAACACGGUCCGUCUCCUCGUCCCCAAUCGCCGGGCUCUCACGAAAGAAACCCACUGGCGUCAUUGGUUACUCUGCACACCCCGCUGACUCGCACGAAUCUGCUACCAGUAGCAGUAGGUUCUGAGCUGCUGGUGUUCAACCCUAACCCGAAUUAUCAUUAUCUGCAGCGCAAUUCGUUUACAUCAAUGUAUGAUCAGCGUCGCAGUACUGUCGGUCAGACACUGGUACCGCACUUCCAAUUUAAUACUUCGCAAAAUUUGGGUCAUUCAGUGUCAUCGACAGGGCAAGCAGUCCCCUCAAAUCCCACCACGUUACCUGUCGCGCCGGGGCAGCAGCUGCCUCAACCGCUACAAACUUCACGUCCUGGUCUGGCUGUUGGUAAGCUUCCUCAGAUUAACCCUAUACGGCUGAUUCUGCCUACGAAUCCUGGCCAUCAAAGAAUACCCUCACCGUUGCUGACAAUGUUACCCCGGCUGGUUCCCGCUGAUGCACAAGCUCUGUCUAAAGAGAAAACUAAGAAUACGCUUCCUCUGGUCCUGGAGCUUGACAAGCUGAUCAAGCUGGCAGCACUGCGACCAUUCUUCAAUCUGGUUACGCCCGCAGAUCCUUCUCCACAACUGUCACCUGCUGAUGAUAGUGAUCGGGAAUUCAAGAAGCGUAAAAUGAAUGAGACUCCCGUCUGA